AUGGCAAACUUACACCUGAGAUAUCUUUUGGCUUUAGCCUUGGCGCACGUGGUGCUUUCAUCCGGAGUGUUUGAGCUGAAAAUCAAUUCAUUCCACACGGCGCAGCGCAUUUGCAGAAGACACAGAGACUGUCACAUCUUUUUUCGAAUUUGCCUCAAGCACCCUGAAGAUGUCAUCUCCGCUGAGCCGCCGUGCACCUUUGGGACCGGGCAAACCAAUGUCAUCAGAGCCGAUCAUACGUCCAUCUCCAGCAGUGCCCCGAUUCGGGUGCCUUUCCACUUUAAAUGGCCGGGUACAUUUUCGUUAAUUAUCGAGGCAUGGAACGCAGAAUCUCCAACAGAAUACACAGACAACCAAAACAACCUGGUGAAUCGCCUGGCGACAAGGCGGAGACUCGCCAUCGGGGAAGACUGGUCCCAGGACGUGCACUUCGGAGAGCAGAGCGAGCUGCGUUAUUCUUACCACGUCUUCUGUGACGAGUACUACUUCGGGGACGGCUGUGCCGAGUACUGCAGGCCGCGUGACGACACGCUGGGCCACUACACCUGUGACGAGGAGGGCAACCGCAUCUGCCUAGAGGGCUGGAAAGGAAACUACUGCUCUGAGCCCAUCUGCUCAGCGGACUGCAGCGAGAGGCACGGCUACUGCGAGGCCCCGGGGGGCUGUAAAUGUCGCAUGGGUUGGCAGGGCCCCUCCUGCACCGACUGCGUCCGCUACCCGGGCUGCCUUCACGGCACCUGCAGUCAGCCGUGGCAGUGUAACUGUCAGGAGGGAUGGGGGGGCCUCUUCUGUGACCAGGACCUCAACUACUGCACCAACCACAAGCCGUGCGCCCAUGGUGCAACGUGCACCAACACCGGACAGGGCAGCUACACUUGCACUUGCAGACCUGGAUAUGGGGGAACGAACUGUGAGAUGGAAACCAACGAGUGUGACAGCAACCCCUGCAAAAAUGGAGGGAGCUGCAAUGACCUGGAAAAUGAUUAUUCAUGCACUUGCCCGCAAGGAUUCUACGGCAAAAACUGUGAAAUCAUUGCAAUGACGUGUGCGGAUGGCCCCUGCUUUAACGGCGGGACAUGUGUGGAGACCAUGACUGGGGGUUACACUUGCCGCUGCCCGCCCAGCUACACGGGCUCCAACUGUGAAAAGAAGCUGGAUCGUUGCAGCAAUAGGCCCUGUUUGAACGGCGGCGAGUGUCUGGACCUCGGCCAGAGCGUCCUUUGUCGCUGCCAGGGCGGUUUCACCGGCGCCAACUGCCAAGUGAAUAUCGACGACUGCGCCUCUAACCCUUGCCAGAACGCCGGGACCUGUCAAGACGGCGUGAACGACUACAUUUGCUCCUGCACCUUAGGGUACACCGGCAAGAACUGCAGCGUGCGUUCGGACGCCUGUGGAGAACGUCCUUGUCAGAACGGCGGCACUUGCUUCACUCACUUCACUGGACCCGUAUGCCAGUGCCCGAAAGGAUUUAUGGGCCCGAGUUGUGAGUUCACGUUGCAACCCAGUUUCAAACCCGCUUUGCGUCAAGCCUCUCAGCCCUCCUCUGCCACGAUGACCGUCUCCUGCAUUCUCGCCAUCCUGGUAGUGGCGCUAGUCGCCGGUAUUAUCUUGCUGAGGAGGCGCAGGAGGCUGCGAGGAAGGAAGCAGCUCAGCGACACGGCAGUUUACAAUGACCUGGAGACGGUGAACAACUUGGGGGGAAGCGAGAGAGACUCCUUCCUCAGUCCGAACGGUCUGUUCAAGAUCAGCAACAGCGCGGCCCGCCUCAGUUUCGCCCCCUGUUCGGAAGGAAGGUCAGCGUACAGGCACAACCCUGUGGAGAGCAGCCUGACCCGGGCGGAUUUCUUAUGGAGGGACGAGACAGGCCUGAAUUCAGUCACUGGGUUAAGAUGA